UUUUUUUUUCAAGUUCAGAGAGAAAGACCAUGGAUGAUAGUUGUGUUGUUUGUGCUGACACACUCAAGUGGGUUGCCUAUGGCCCCUGUGGCCAUCGGGAGGUCUGCUCCACAUGUGUCAUUCGACUCCGAUUUAUUUGUGAAGAUCGCCGAUGCUGCCUCUGCAAGUGUGAAUCAGAUAUCAUAUUUGUUACUAGAGCACUUGGAGAUUAUACAAAGGUAAUAAAUGACUUUGCAGAUUUUCCAGCUGAUCCACCAGAUGGCCAAGUUGGACAUUAUUGGUAUCAUGAAGGGACGCAGGCAUUCUUUGAUGAUUUGGAUCACUACAAUAUGGUGAAAGCCAUGUGCAAGCUAUCUUGCGUUGUUUGUCAAAAAGAUGAACUAAGAGAUGCUGGGUCAAAGAGACGAGGGGAGUUUAAGAACAUUGAGCAGCUUAAAAGUCAUUUGAUCAAGUCGCAUAGGCUGCUUAUGUGCAGUCUGUGUUUGGAAGGCAGGAAGGUGUUUAUAUGCGAGCAAAAGUUAUAUAACAAAGCACAGCUGAAUCAGCAUAUAAGGACGGGUGAUUCUAAAGUUGAUGGCAAUGAGAGUGAGAGAGGUGGCUUUAGCGGACAUCCUAUGUGUGAAUUCUGUCAAAACCCAUUUUAUGGUGAUAAUGAACUGUAUUUACAUAUGUCAACUGAGCAUUAUACUUGCCAUAUAUGUCAAAGGCAGCAUCCUGGACAGUAUGACUACUUCAGAAAUUAUGAUGACAUGGAGAUUCAUUUUCGUCAAGAGCAUUUCUUAUGUGAGGAAGAGGAUUGUCUCACCAAAAAAUUUGUUGUUUUUUCAACUAACUCUGAAUUAAAGAGGCAUACAGCCAUGGAACAUGGAGGACGCCUUUCUCGUUCUAAGCGUAAUGCGACACUGCAGAUACCAGUAAGCUUCCAGUAUCCAAGGAGUUAUGAGCAAAAUCGUCAAGGUGGCGGACGUCAUUCUCUUCUUGAAUCAUCAGACAGUCAAUUUUCCUCUGUAACCCAAACUAGUCUAGCAACAAACCAUGCAGAAAGAUUGCAUGAUACUUCAACAAGUGCCCAAAUAAUUGCCAGUCACUCAGGAACUCACGAAGUUAGUUCAAUUGUUGGUCCUUUUCAGUCAUUAGCAACCAUAGAUUCUGAGCCUUCAGGUCAUCGUAAGGCAUCACGAAAGUCUAGGUAUGGGCAACUUGAGGAAUCAUCUUUCCCUCCUCUUCCUGUAGCAUCAAGCAGCAGUCAACAGAAAUCCAGAAGCAAUUCAGGAGAACUGGCUGGUAGCACCCUGGCUGCUCGCUUACAUCAUGGAAACAAUGGAACUAUAAAUGUUCUCAAUACUUCUCAGGCCUGGCCUGCUGUCAGUCAUCAGCCUACUGUUUCGGCUAGUGGUUGUUACCAGUCGAGGACCAUGCCAAAUUUAACAUCAUCGUUGUCAUCAUCUAGUUCUUCCCUUAGGAAGCCUGCUAGAGUUGAUGAACAUCUGCUAUCUAGUUCUGCUAGCUCUUCUCAGGGAACUGCAUGCAGUGUUGCACCUGCUAAUUUUCCUAGCUCAUCAAGGAAUACGAGUAGCACCAGUAAGGUCAGUCAUUCUGCUUCUGCUUCAAACCUUGUAGGUAGAGGGUUAUUUAAUUACUCUCUUUCUUCAGCUUCCAUGGCCCAAAUUAGUUGUAAAGCACCUACAAGUAGCCGCCCUUUGCUGAAAGUGGAAGAUGUACAAUCAGCUAACAAGGCUCUAGUGGAAAAGGUCCGUGCAGCUUUGGAAUUUGAUGAGGAUAGAUACUCUGUUUUCAAAGCAGUAUCUUCCAAGUACCGCCAGGGUUUAGUUAACACUGAGGAAUAUCUUGCCAAUGUUUAUCAGUUUGGUUUGGCCCAUCUUGUACUUGAGCUAGCUGGACUUUGUCCUGAUGCUCAGAAACAAAGAGAGCUUGUGGAGAGCUACAAUCUUAAUCUGAGGAGCACUGCUUCUAAUCAAAAUGGUUUGAGCAAUGACACUGGUCAGUCAAGACACAAAAAAGGUUCCAGAAAAGGUAAGGAGAAGUGUGAAGACAAUGACAAGGUUUCAACCAAUGGCCUUACUGGUUGGGUGAAAGCUUUCCAAUCAAAUACAAGGCCUUCUGCAGAAGAAGCAGGGGUUCUAUUCAAGGAUGUGUGGGAUUCUAAAAAGGGCAAAUCAAAGGUUUAUGGUGAUGAACAGAUGAAUUUAAGUUCUGCUGAUCAGUCCCAAACAGAACCAAGAACUGGAAAUGGACCACAGUCAGAAGGUGGUGCGUGCUCAAGCAAUAAUCUGUCUAACGGGAAAGGAGGGAACAAGCCACGGAAAAAGGUCUCCAAGUUCCUGAGAAACCGACUUGGUGAUGCUUCAGCAGGGGUAGUCUCCAAUCCUGGUAUUUCUUCUUCUGAUCCUGGUCCUGAUCACUUUGAAGAAAAAGCAGAUGAAAGUGAGGAACCACCUGAAGGACUGCCAGUUCGUGGUGUAUGGCGAAAUGGGGGAGGUCGGAGACUUUUGGCCAUGACCAAGAGAGAAACUAAAAAGUGACAGUGCCGUCUUCAUGUGGAUUAAAAUUAUCUUUGCCGUGUGUUGUAGUAGGGUAGUUUGUGGUGAUGAUAGCCAGGUAGAUAUAAAUGUGUCUCCUUUUCUUUUUUGGCUCAUGUCAUGAAUGUAACAAACUAGUACUAUACAGGUUAGUUUGGGAUACCAUGAAUUCUCCUUACUGGUUACCCAUGGAAGUAAACAAAAACUUUCUUUCUCUAUGUUUAGAAUAUCAACUUAUCUUCAAUAACUACCCUGCCUUUUU